AUGAUGAUAUUCGAAAAGAAUACUGGUGAAAUGAGAGAGUCUUUUGAGAAUCAUGUUGUGAUUCAUGAUACUUCUCUGAGAAGAAGAUUAUCAAAUAAUUCUCAUGAACAUGCACAACAGACCACCACCACCACCAAUAAUGAUGAUCAUACGAGCUUGAUUCACCCUCAAGAAUUAGUGAAUCAAUUCAGAGAGACUGUAUUUCAAUUAUAUUCUGAAUUGAAAGAGAACAUCAAUGAAUACAAUCGUCGUAUGAAUAGUCAUGUUCAUUUAGAAUCUGUCGAGUCAUUAUUACAACAAUGUUCAGAGAAGAAUGAAUUAUUCAUGAAUAAUACUAAUAAUACUUCUUCUGAUAAUAAUACUACCAAUAAUACUACCAAUAAUACUACCAACACUACUACUACUAAUAUGAAUGAUCAUCAACAACCAUUCAUAAAGAACACCACAAGUCAUUCAACAUGUAUUACACCAUCUUCAUUCAUAGAUCUCACUCAAAUGGAUCAUGAUACUACCACCACCACAACAAGCUUGUUGUCACAACCAUUCUCAGUGAUGAUUUGCAAUCAUGACGAUUAUUCUAGAAUCAUGAAAUCAAAUGUAACCUCUCCUCUGACACCUCAAGUCCUCACUCAAAAACCUGAAAUUCAGAGUUCAUCAUCUCCAAUGAAUCAGCAUGAUGAUUCAUCUCAACCACCUCUUACUUUAUGGACUCAACAACAAGUGGAUGAUGUUGAACAAGAAUACUCCCAUCCAGUAGUAACCCAUUCUCUACAAUUCAUCAUAGAUUCUUCAUCCCUUUCAAGUCUCGAAGAAGAACCUAACACAUCUGAAUGCAUGAUGAUGAUGAAUUCGGAUGAUGAACUAUUACAUUCAAAAAGACAUUAUGGAACACCACCAAUUUAUACCUUACAAGAAUUGAAUGAAAAAUCAAAACGAGACUUGAAGUACGCGUGUGAUUGUUAUGGUAUCAAGAGUGGAUCAAGAAAAUUCAUGAUUCAACAUCUCUCUCAAGUGAUGAUGAUGGCCAAAGUACAACACAAUCAUGACAAUGGUGAUAUGAAUCAUACAACGACGACGACCACUACGAUGACAACUUCAUCAUUCAAUACUCUCGAUUCCAACCACCCUUACUUGAACAUGUAA